UUAUACUUACUACCUAUAAUCACAAGUCAUAACUUUGUACAAAUUGUACAUCAGAAAGACUAACCAGUCUGACCUUUGUUUUCUCUCCAAUUCGAACCUAUCGCUAUUUCCGCGUUCCGUUUGCUCACAUUAAAUCUGGUCGCCGUACUCACUAAUUUCGCACGCUACCGCCAUAACGUCCAGAUCUACGGCAACGAUGGCGUCCAAUCUGUUGAAAAAUAUUGUCAAAUUGGAUACCCGAGUGUCCGUGUCGCAAAACGUUUGCCUACCGAUCAGAUGUCUGUCGACAGCGUCUCCACGGGUGAAGGACAAGACCGGCAAAAAUAUAGUGUUUGUUGAUGGAGUGCGUACUCCGUUCUUAUUAUCGGGCACCGACUACGCUUCUUUAAUGCCUCAUCAAUUGGCUAAAGAAGCUCUAAUUGGUUUAAUGAGGAAAACAAACGUACCUCGUGAAGUAGUUGAUUACAUUGUUUACGGUACAGUAAUACAAGAAGUAAAAACUAGCAAUAUUGGACGAGAAGCUGCCCUUGCUGCUGGAUUCCCAAACUCAGUCCCAGCUCACACUGUUACAAUGGCAUGUAUCAGUUCAAAUCAAGGUAUUACAACUGGUAUUGGACUGAUUGCUGCUGGUGCAUACGAUGUAAUUGUAGCUGGUGGUGUUGAAUUCAUGUCUGAUGUUCCAAUUAGGCAUUCUCGUAAAAUGAGAAGUCUACUUUUGAGGGCAAACAAAGCCAAGACGCCAUUAGACAAAUUGAAACUUCUCUCAACAUUUAGACCAGAUUUUUUACUCCCGGAGUUGCCUGCUGUCGCUGAAUUUAGCUCUGGUGAAACCAUGGGCUUCUCUGCAGAUAGAUUGGCUGCUUCAUUUAAAGUCUCUCGAGAAGAACAAGAUCAAUAUGCUGUGAGAUCGCACACUAUGGCUAAAGAAGCCCAAGACAAUGGAUAUUUGACUGAUAUAGUACCUUUCAGAUUACCAAAUUCAUCCAAAGUAAUUGAAAAAGAUAAUGGAAUUAGAGUCUCACCUAUUGACAAAUUAGCAAAAUUGAAAGCAGCUUUUGUUAAACCACAUGGUACAGUAACUGCUGCAAAUUCAUCAUUUUUGACUGAUGGUGCAUCAGCUUGUCUCAUAAUGACUGAAGAAAAGGCCAAGCAAUUAGGCCUUAAACCUAAGCUUUACUUAAGAGAUUUUACUUAUGUAGCUCAAGAUCCCAUUGAUCAAUUGUUGCUUGGACCAACAUAUGCAACACCCAAAGUAUUAGAGAAAGCAGGUCUGAGUGUCAAUGAUAUUGAUGUGUGGGAAGUACAUGAAGCUUUUGCUGGACAAAUUUUAGCAAAUCUUAAAGCUAUGGACAGUGACUGGUUUGCCCAGAAAUACAUGAACAGGAAAAGCAAAGUUGGAAUACCAGACUUGUCUAAAUGGAACAAAUGGGGAGGAUCGUUGAGUAUUGGUCAUCCUUUUGCUGCAACUGGAGUACGCUUGACGGUGCACACUGCAAACAGGUUAGUGAGGGAAGAUGGUCAAUUUGGUUUGAUUGCCGCUUGUGCUGCUGGUGGACAGGGAGUUGGCAUGAUUGUUGAAAGACAUCCAGAUGCCACCGCUUUGUAAAUGGCAAUUUACACCUUGAAUCGUGUGCAAGUUGUAUGUGGUGAACUGGGAAUAACAUAAACUUAAAUUAAUUGAUCAUGAAUAUUUUAAAGUUCAUUUAUUAAUAACUGUUAUUAUUCCACUUGGUCCUUUUUUAAUGUUAUGCUUUUUUUUUUUAUUUCAGUCUUAAGGACAUAUCCCAUAAUAGAUAGUAUUUAAUUUAUUAUUUACCUAUUUGUAAUUUAUUUUUGUUCAACAAAUUUAAUAUAUUUUAAAUUUUUAACAAUUCUAUUUUACAAAAUUGUUAUACUUGCUUAAUUCAAAAUUGUUGAGAAUAAAGUUUAUUUUUAUGAUAAUA